AUGCUAGCCAAUAUCGCCUCCGCGCAGCCAGUGCCGACUAUUGUGAAGUCUGCCACCGGAAAUUCCGUAGGGGCCUUUUGUCUCCUUAUUCCAUUGAUUGUCCUUGGUCUGAUUUGCGGACUGGGAUGUGUUACUGCUACAUCACGAGCAACUUGGGCAUUUGCACGGGAUGGUGCCAUCCCCGGCUCUAGGUGGUGGAAAACGGUUAACGAGCGCUUCCAGAUUCCCCUCAACUCGUUGCUGUUAGGAAUGGUCGUUGAGCUGCUUCUGGGAUUGAUAUACUUUGGCUCAAGCGCUGCCUUUAACGCAUUCUCCGGCGUCGGUGUCAUCUUUCUAACCCUCAGCUACGCAUGCCCUGUUGCGGUGUCUCUGAUUCUUCGCGGCCGUCAGGAUAUCCAGCGUGGCUCGUUCAAUCUCGGAUCACUCGGUUACUUCUGCAACAUCAUUUGCAUCGCCUGGUGUCUCCUCGCCAUCCCGUUAUUUUCCAUGCCAACGUCUGUGCCCGUCACGACAAACACGAUGAACUAUGCUUCUGUUGUUUUCAUUAGAUUCGUGUCCAUUUCGGGUGUCUGGUAUGGGGCAUGGGGCCGGAAGAACUAUAUUGGCCCUGCGUUGGACCAGCUGGAUGGCGAAUCUGGAUCGUUCCACGAAGAGCCCGAGGAGAAAGAAGGAGACAAGGAUUUCACUAAUGAUGCUUUUUGA